AUGUCCUUUCGAAAGCGGAAUAUAGGCAUUUCCACCGGGCCAAACCAGACUACUGCUACUGCUCCGGCAACUCCUGCUGCUCAGGUAAACGUGACUCUUCCCGGAGUACGGCCAUCGCCAGAUGAUGGACGAGCAACAACGUCCACCGGCUCUCGUUCUUUGGACAAUUUACUAGCCAGCCACGCGGGAUUACCACUUGGGAAGAUCCUGCUUAUUGAAGAGAACGGGACCACUGACUUUGCAGGUGCAUUACUGCGCUAUUAUGCUGCAGAAGGAGUGGUUCAGGACCACAAAGUGCAUGUCGUCGGUCUGGGAGAACAAUGGGGCAGGACUCUGCCGGGUCUCAUAGGAGCUGCUGACUCUCUCGACGAAAAAACUGACCGGCGAAAAGAUGAGAAGAUGAAGAUUGCUUGGAGGUAUGAACGACUGGGAGAUUUUGGGACAGGGGUUGCAGGCUCAAGAGCUUCCACGUCAGCAAGUGGCGCGAAGCAAGAAGCGUUCUGCCAUGCUUUUGACUUGACCAAAAGACUCACUCAUCCAUCGCUGGCUACUGUGAGCUAUAUACCUCUGGCGCCUCGAUUAGGGUCGCCCUUGACGUCGAUUAUUCAAAACCUACAGCUUGGAAUUGCGAAUAGUCCUCCAAAUACGGUACAUCGAGUCGUGAUCCCGUCCCUCCUCAACCCUGCCGUGUACCCUCCGGACGCUAGCCAACCUCAAUAUCUACUCCAAUUUAUACACUCCCUCCGUGCACUCAUGUCACAAAACGCUCAUAAUAUAACCGCCAUGAUCACAAUUCCGCUGUCACUUUAUCCUAGAUCGUCUGGACUCGUUCGGUGGGUCGAAAUUCUAUGCGACGGGGUCGUCGAAUUGUGCCCGUUUCCUCAUUCAUCCGACGCAAUGGCCACCUCAGGCGCUGCGACGGCACAUGAAGAGCCACCUCAGGGAAUGCUUAAGACACACAAACUCCCUGUAUUGCACGAACGCGGAGGCGGUAGCGACCAACAAAUCGGGGAAGACUGGGCCUUCACGUUGAGUCGACGAAAGUUCGAGAUCAAGCCAUUUAGUCUGCCUCCGGCUGAAGGCGACAACGAAGCCCAGCAGGCGGCCAGUGACAACAAAAUGCCCAAAAAGGCCGAUCUUGAGUUUUGA